UUGUUGUUGUUUCGUUUAUUUCGCCUGUUUUUCAAUCGACCAACCCCAAGAGUAAAGUAAAAAAGUUUCUAUUUGAUAUUUUAUUUUGAAUUUUGUUUUUGUCACAAGAAAAAAAAGUGUGUGAAAAUGUCUGAACAAAGUUCAAGUGUUUCGAAUAAAAAAGAAGAAGCAGCUGAUGAUAAUGCAGAAAAAUCUCAAACUGCACAAAAAUCCGGUGUUGAAACAUCGGAAAAAAAAGAUGCAGAAAAAUCCGUUACUGGUGAAAAAUCAACAACGGAAAAACCUGCAGAACAAAAUGGUGAAAAAGAAAGUCCAUCGUUGGAACAACAACAGCCAUCAGCCGAUAAAGAUGAACAGCAACAAGGUGUUGAGGGUAAAAGUUCAAAAAAAUCUUUGGAAUCGGAAAGUCAAAAAGAUGUAAAUGAUGAAGCGGAUGAAGCCGAAGGAGGAGCUGAUGAACAAGAGGCCGCCGGUGGUAAACAAGACAAAUCAACACAAAAGGAGAAAAAAACUUCUGGAUCAAGUCAAGGUUCAAAACCAGGAUCAGGAGCUAAACGUCGUAAAGGUGAAAAAGUUACCAAACAAAAUUGUCGUAUCGGUUUCAUUGGUGCCGGUAAAAUGACCGAAAUGAUUGUGAAAGGUUUAAUUGAGCAUUCCAGUGUACCGGCUAAACAAAUUUAUAUUGCAUCAAAAACUGGUAAAAAUCAUGAUCAUUUUAAACAGCUUGGCUGUACGGUCACUAAACGUAAUUAUGAUAUAUUUGGCAAAAUGGAUUGUGAUGUUGUAUUUCUUUGCAUUCAUGGUAAUGCAAUUCGUCAAUGUUAUGCACAUGGUGGCCUAAGACCAAUGGCAUUGACAACGAAUUUCAUUCCAAAUCAACGACAUCCACUUUAUAUAUUAUCAUUGAUUGGUGGUGUUACAUUGAAUGAUAUUAAGAAAACAUUGUUGAAUCCUGACCAUCCGGAUAAAUAUCAGCUUGAAAUGCAUCGUAUUAUGUUGAAUCAUUCAGUUGGCUAUGGACAAGGUUAUGGAUCAUUAGAUGUUGAUUUAGAUUCAAAAUAUUGUGCACAAAUUAUUCGUGAAUUAUUAACACCGAUAGCAAGAUUUGAUUUUACACCAGAAAAUCAAAUGGACAUUGCUUGUGCAUUGGCUGGCUGUGGUUCGGCAUUUUGUUAUUAUUUCCUUACGGCAAUAUCGGAUGGUGCAUUUAAAAAAGGAUUGAACAAAUUGAAAGCAACAAAAAUAGCUGCCGAUGCAUUACGAUCAGCAUCAGUAUCAUUGUUGGUAUCUGGUAAAAAUCCAAGCGAUUUACGUGAUACAUUUGCAUCGCCAAGUGGACCAGCCAUAUAUGGUAUACAUGUAUUGGAUAAAGAUGAUUUUCCAUCAGGCAUAUCAUCCGCUGUUGAAGCUGCAUAUAAACGUAUUAAAGAAUUGACUGAUAAUCCAUCAUCAUAAAGUAGAGAAAAAGAGAAUGAUGAAGAAGAGAGGGAAGUGGUGGGUGUUGUCUAGGGGGAAGAAGCAGCAAACAGCAGCAUAUUUGAAAAAUUUUCUAGUUUUUUUUUCUUUGA